GUGUAAACGUGGUGCUGCUGCAACUGCAGAGAAUCAACAGACAAUUAUUGAUCAAACAGAAACAAAUCUAGUCCACUUACGUCGUACCAUCUAUCUAAUGCUACAAAGUAGUUUAAGCGCAGAUGAAGCUGGACAUCGUCUACUACAAUUGAAAAUUUAACCAGGCGAAGAAUAUGAAGUAGCUUCGAUGGUUUUAGAUUGUUGUGCUCAAACACGUAGUUAUGAAAGUCUUUAUGGUCGAUUAGCUCAAAGACUUUGUCGAGUUGUUUUUCCAUCUAGUGCACCAGCCAGUAUAGGAUCUACUACUGUUUCUGCAAGCUCUGAACUAGGUCCCGGUAGCCGAUAUAGAAGUAAUAAAGAGGUUAGUAAGCCUACAAAGAAAGAAGAAACUCCUGCACCGCUUGUAGAAGAAGCAGGUCCACCUCGUAGUUAUGUUGCUCAAUUUGAAAAAAUUUUCGCUGAACAAUACUCAAUUAUUCAUAGAUUAGAAAUGGCGAAAUUGCGUAAUGUUGCUUUCUUGUUUGCUCAUCUUUUAUAUUCUGAUUCCAUAUCAUGGGGUGUAUUUGAGUGUAUACGCUUGAAUGAACGUGAUACAACUUCGUCUGGGAGUACAUUUUUAAAACAUCUUUUUUGGAACUUUGUUCAUUUAUGGGCUUAUCAAAAUUACAAGCGAGACUUCGAGAUGAAACACUCCAACCAUAUUUUUGCUGGUCUUCUACCACGUGAUAAUCCUAAAGAUACACGAUUUGCUAUUAAUUUUCUAACUACAAUUGGUUUAGGCGGUUUAACUCUAGACGUUCGUGAACAUUUGCAAGCAUCACGUGAUUCAGCGUUGGCAAAGAAAGAGUCUGAAUCUAAAAAUAAAAUACAAUCAUCCAUCUUGAAUGAUGUAUCCAUUUCAUCUUCAUCGUCUUCUUCUUCAAGUUCAUCGUCUCUCUCUACUUGGCAGUUAUCGUAA